AGCUUUUUAAACUUCAUUACCAAAAUCAAAAAAACCUGAGCAAGGAACCGAAGAAAAGGACCAUUUUUUAUAACCCUUUUCUUCUUCCUUCUCCUUCCUAUCAUAACCCUUUCUUGGCACCCAAGGAACACACCUUCGGCGCCAAAUUUUUCUUCUUUCUUUUUAGGGUUUUUUUUUGAUAUUUUUAUUUGAGGAUGGGAACUGAAGUUAUAAGGCCACAAAAUGUUUUGGUUGACCGGAUGAGAGAGUCUCCGGCUAUAAUUUAUAACCCCCGGAGGAAUCAUGUUCACCGGAAACCACCUCCACGACCUGACCAAAGGAGAAGAUUCGGAUCCGAUGAGUUCAGAACGACGAUGACGACGAAGAACUUUGUCCGGAGAAGAGGAGAGUCUUUUGAUUCGUUUUCAAACAUCAAGGUACGUAAGAGUUCGCCGGAGGUCGUCUCCGCCGACAAUAUUUACGCCGGAUCAUCGAUGUUUGUUGUUUCUCCGGCGCCGAGCUCGUUACCUUUGCCGUCGUUCUCUAGGAGGGAUGAUAAAAACCAAGUUCUUGUUGUUUCCGUGGAUGAUUCGGCGUCUCAAGAUCUCCGGCGACUUCUCCGGCUGGAGUUUUGAGGAUAUCGAAUAAACCGGGAUCGUCAGCUAUUUAACCGGUUCAUUUAUAAGUUAUCGGAAUCGUCUCUCCGUUACUGUUUUAUGAAUCUUAUCCUUUCCUUUUGAAAUAAUAUUGUUGUUUAAGAAAGGGGCGGGUAUGAAAAAGAUGGUUUUAAAAGUACGGGGUCAGAUUUAGAAGCAAAAAUGUUAAAUACUUUUAGCUGAUUAUUUCAGUUUUUGUAUAAUGUGGAGGUUUAAUUAAAAUAUGAAAAUC